UUCUGUUUCCUCUUCGCUUUCCUCUUCGCAUCUGUCAAGAUUGAAAACUUUUGGAAUCCGUCUUGGGUCGUGUAUAGGCCUAUUUCCUUUUGUUAAAACUCAUUUCAUAAGGUCUAAUAAAAGAAUGACACAAAAGUAGCGUGCAUCCACAUUCAGCAUGGCAUCUCGGAUGAUGAAGAGCGAAACCUAUCCUGUCAGUAUCCAGUCCAGUGCUGAGAGCAAUACUUCAAAACAAGGUGUGUUAAAGGGAGAUAAGCCAGCAGUGGGUAGUAGCCGUCCAUGUAAUGAACAUUCCUUCCUUACGGAUGUAGCCGAUGUGCGGACCAUGGAGCAAGGCCUCCUUCAGCUCCUGGAAGACUUCCAUUCGGGAAAACUCCAGGCAUUUGGUGGCAGUAUGACGUUUGAGAAGAUGGACCACAUCAGGGAACAACAGGAGAGACUGGCCAGGCUGCAUUUUGAGAUGGAACUACUUCAGGACAUGCACCGGAGGGACACAGAAGAAGGAAAGACAGCAAGUAAUGACAAAAUGGGCAAACUUAUAGACCAGCUCCACGCCAUUAGCUCAUCAAUACAAAGGAUUCAGAAAGAAUGAAAAGAUGGCAGACAGAAAGUCAUAAAACAGCUGCCAAUACCUCAUCGUGCCGACCAAUCAAAAACAACCCUUAUGUUCUUCAUUUUAAUUACCAUAUGCAACAAAUCGGAAUAAAUUCAUGUAUUACAGUUACCAUAAAAUUUCUACAAAGAAAUUUGAAAUGCAGUCACCAUUUGUUUCUCAGCAUUAUCGAUGCAUUCAUUUCAUUAUGACAUCUUAAAUAACAUUGUUUUGAAAAACUUAAUAAUUGUAAAAAAAAUUAAAGCAAAGUUUCAAGAUUUUUCUUUUUCGUUUAUGAGAAUUAACUGAUCUGUAGACAUGCUUUCCAAAAGUCUCCAUGAAAUUCACUCAAAUUGUUUUGGGUGUCACUGAUCAUGAGCAUGACUUUAUUUAUUUUUUUAUUUUUUGUUCUAUUUGCAAUUUAUGCUAUGAAGGAAAACACACGUGUACAGAUUGCAACAGACUACAUCAAUGUAGUCGAGAAUUAAUUAAAGUUUCACCAACAUAAUCUUAAUGCAAAUACUGAAAAACCUGUCUUAUGACCCCCUUAUGGAUGCAGGGUGUAAGAAUACUCAGGGGUUGGAUGAGGUAGGGAUCAUGGUAUAUUUGAGUUGGACGUUUUAUUCAUACUGAAUAUAUUGAGAAAGAAUAAAAUGUAACAGUAGCCACCAUAUAAACUAUGAACUUUGAAUAUUAGAAAUUUCAGGUGCUGGGUUUCUGCAUAUUAAAGGGCAAAUACUACCUGUCAGAUUUUUCUUAUAAUUUGUGUUAGAGUUAUCUCCCUUGGAGAUGUUUCAGCAUUAUAUAAUUCAUUAUAUACCUCAUAACAUUUCCUUGGUUUAAAAGCCACUUAAAUUCAAAUUUUAUAUUUUGGGGAUCAUGAUGAUAUUUCUGUGACAAGGUCGUAUUGAAGUACAUCGAAAACAAGUACAGUACAUUAUUUUGUUAUGUUACAUCAAGACUUUUAAUGAUGAAAAAUGAAAUGUGUGAUAUUUUCUGCAGUUAUGACCAGUACAUGAACAUUUGUAUACACAAUAAUUUAAAAUGUACAUUUAUCUCAUUAAUUUUUUUACUUUUUCUUACUUAUUUUUUAUUUUUUCUAUUUUUUCAUCAUUGUAAUAUGCAGCUUUUUUUUUUUUUUUAUCAGGUAAUAAUUAAGCUUAAACUUAAGGGAAACCUAAGCCUGGACUUGUUUUUCAUUUGCUAUUUGAUUAAUGUGAUUCUAUAUGUGACAAUUGUUUUGAUUUAAAAAAAAAAAAAAAAGCUGAUUCAUGCAUUUGUCUUAAGUUGAUCUGGAUCCAACCAUUGGCUACAAUGUCUUGAGAGUUGGGACAGCUUUUGAGCGCUGGUAGGCAUGGGUUCGACGCCAGUGUUAGUCCUCUUAAAAUGACUGCAUAGAUAUUGUUUACUGUAAAAGUGGACAUUUUCCUGAUUUGGAAAUGCUCACCUUUUUUUUGCAUUGAGUAAAUGAUUUCAAAAAUAUCCACAUGACAUGCGAAAGCAAGUAUAUGCAUUGAUUACUGUUUGCCAGGUAACUUUCGCCACAGUUCAACAACCUGUGCCAUAUUUGCUCUCGUUAACUCCUCGACUAAAAUCUGUUCAAUCAACAUUAUUGUUACUGUACGCACUCAAGGAGGUCCUAAUGCGGAAACAUGAGUACCAAGAGAAAACCCAUGUGGUCAAGCAGGUGACCCCAUGCUUUUUCACGUCUGAUUGGGGAGAACUCUGACUGCCUUGGUGAAAGGCAAGUGUGGUAUCCACUGCGCCACCCGACCACCCAAUUAUGAACUUAUUAUGAGUUAUAAUGGGACACCUGUAUAUAUAGUGACUGGUCAGAACACAGGUGACCACUAGUUGUUUGAACAGAUGGUCGCUAUACACAGGUUGUGGUCUAAGGAGUAAGUGAAUGCUAUGAAACCUGUGUUAAACAACUAUUCCAAGUCACAAGGUAAAUUUUGUCAUUAUAAUAUGUAUUAUACAGUAAAACCUUGAUAUAAUGCCCCUCAUGUCGGGUCAUUCUGUUUCCCUUCAACAUAUUUUAAUGUCCCGCUUUCCUUUUUUCUUUACAAUACGUUUCCCAAAUAUAUCACCAAACCCCUAUAUAAUGCCCCUAUAUAAUGAAGUUUUACUGUAUACAGAUGAUGGUUUGCCAGACAAUUAGGUGGUAAGUGACCGGCAGUCUUAUGAAUUGACUGUUUCCAAUACAUUCGUCAAGGAAGUCAGUACUGUAAAACCUGUGUACAGCGACUAGUUGAUGGGCAAGAGAAAAACAGGUCAUUGUGGACAGGUGACUGCUUUGUGCAGGAUGUGGUCUCGGAAAGUUUACAAAUUCUGUGUAAAUAUCUUGCAUUUCGUUGUUUAUAUGUUGUAGAAUUUUGAAAUUGGUUGAAAAUGAAUUGUAUCUCACACAUAUUAAUCUGAUUUAUUGUUUGUUUCUUUCACAGUAUCAAAACAUAUUUUAUUAUCAAAUUUAGGUUUGCAGUAUUCACAUUUUACAGUAAUAUUUUUGAAACUUUUAUUGGGUUUUCACUCAAGUCUGUUGAAAAAUGAUAAUGCAAAUUUCUUGUGUAUUAUUUUACCAAUUGGUUUUCAUUCACAUUUCACACAAAUGAUUGUGAAUUUUCCAUAUCAUUCAUUCCUAUUCAUUCAAAUUUUCAUGAAUGUCUGUGAUAGAUUCUUUUCUCGUGGCCUAUAAGCUUGGUUUGUUUUUACGAUAAACAAUGUUUUUUUCAAAUCAUGCGUUUUUGUUUUGUAAUUCAUAAUCAAGGUAUUUUUCAAAUACUGUAUACGGGGAAAUUUUUGCUGCAGUUUAUCUUUCGCCUUUUUCACCCACCGUAAUGAGUGCAGAUUUAUUAUUACAGUGAACUUAAGUAAACAACAUAAUAUAAAUAGUAAUUAAAUGUGAAGGGCGAAAUUGAUACUGGGCAAAUAUGGAUUAUUCUGGCAAAGGGUGAAAAUUUCCCGGUAUACAGUAUUUCAAUUCUUCGUUAUAUGCUUUUCAUUCCUUUCAUGACUGUAAGCGAUGCUGUAAUGGGGGACAGUGGAAACAACCCCAGGCAGAAUUUCUACUUAACUCUGUCACCAUUAGUACCUCCUGAAAUUGUUUACGACACAUGGUACAUAUCCAAUGAAAUGUACUGCUUCGAUUCGAAUAAUAAGAGGCAGUGAAAUUUGUUUUAAGAUUGUAUAUUAGCUAAUAUUAUUAUAAUGCAGGGGAAUAACAUCAUAUAUUUUUGUAGUUUAUACCUUGCAAAAAGGAUCAACUUGAGUUUAUGAAAAAAUGCAUUUUCUGUGUGUUUCUUGUAAAGUUUUUUACUUUUGCAAAAUUCUGGCCUGUGACCAAUGAUAAGCCCUCUAAAAUUUUCAAGAAAAAGGAGAUAAUUUUUUAAUAGACAAACUUUCAAACAUUUUCAAAGUUCCCAAAUUGUCAAUCUUUGACAUUUUGCUCCUAGUAUCUUCUGUGGUAAACUAUUUGUCCCAGGGAAAUUUUUUGCAAUAAACAAGGUCACAGUUUGAUUAUAGUAAAGAAAACAUGGUUCAAUGGUGAGUGGAACAGGCCCAUUGGGCCUCUUGUUUGCACCCCCGUAGAUUUAGCCAAAAAAAAA